UUUAUUUUGAAAUUUUCAGACCGUCGCAAAAGUGUCGCCUGCUUCACACUGCGUGGACCGCAGAUACAAGACGAUUUUACAGUUAACGCUGAACACGUGCAGGCCGUGAACACGGGAGAUCAAACAGAAGCCAUGACCGAGGAAAAUGGCACCAGUGGGGCUGUUAAAAACACAGAAACAACUGACUAUGAGAAAGGAACAGCCGCGGUCAAGCCACAAUAUCUCGCAACUAAGGAGAAAUUCCACGAGAUGCUGGACUCCGGACAGCAAGGCUCGGAUGACGUUGGUCAGUCCGAAGGAAGCAUGGAGCCCGUCCAAAAGAAGAUGAAACUGGAGGAUGUGGCAGAGCGGGAGGAGAGACCCACCAGAAAGAAAGAAAGAGGGCAGUUCAAGAGCAGGCCUCAUAUGAAGCCGCACGCUUACUGUGAAAGUAAACUCUGUCCCUCGAUAGUGCAGGAGCGUGAGACCAAGUGUUUUUAUGGAGAGAAAUGCAGAUUUCUCCACGACGUUUCUCAGUAUAUGGAAUUAAAGCCUGCGGAUAUUGGGGAACACUGUUACCUGUUUGACAGAUUCGGAAAAUGCCGUUAUGGUGUGGCGUGCAGAUACGCCAAAGCACAUACCAGCGACGAUUUUAAGAACUUGGUAAACGACGAUUUGUGGAAUGCCAAUAAGGAGAAAGUGACGGUGAAGAACAACCUGGACAAAGAUCUCCAGAGGAAGCUACGCAAGAGGCAGGUUUGUUUCAAAGCCUCUGAGGAGUACCUGAGGACGAUCGCCAAAGCGACCGGUCAGGUCGGCGCCUCAAAAGCAGCCACCGAGAAAAAACUACAAGACCCAUGCUGCACCGCAGAGAACGCCCCGGCUGAGCCCAUCGCUGUGGCAGAGAAGACGGGAGGGGAGGAGCCAAUGGGCACCGCUGGAGAUGAAACCUCGUCUGUGACGCCCUCGCUUCCGAAUUGCCUUGGAAAGCCAGAGCAGUGUUCGGAGAAGGCCACGCCCGUUAAGACCAGCGGUGCUUUGACCGAUGUCGACGUCGUAAAACUUCGCCCCUGUGAAAAGAAGCGAGUGAAUUUCAAAGAUAAGUUGUACCUUGCACCCUUAACAACGUGUGGAAACCUGCCGUUCCGUCGCAUAUGCAAGCGCUUCGGGGCGGACGUCACCUGCGGGGAAAUGGCCAUGUGCACCAACCUGCUGCAGGGCCAGACCUCCGAGUGGGCCCUGCUGAAACGGCACGAGAGCGAGGACCUCUUCGGCGUGCAGCUUGAAGGUUGUUUCCCAGACACCAUGACUAAGUGUGCAGAACUGCUCAACAGAAACAUUGAAGUUGACUUUGUGGAUAUCAACUCUGGCUGUCCCAUUGACCUUGUCUACAAGAAGGGCGGUGGUUGUGGGCUGAUGUCUCGCACAAAGAAGUUUGAACAGAUCAUCAGAGGAAUGAACUCGGUGCUGGAUGUCCCUUUAACUGUCAAAAUUCGAACCGGCGUUCAAGACAAAGUGAAUAUUGCACACAAACUCAUCCCGGAGAUGAAGAAUUGGGGCGUGUCCCUGAUCACACUUCAUGGGAGAUCUCGAGAGCAGCGCUACACGAAGUUAGCGGACUGGGACUACAUCAACACCUGUUCCAAACUGGCCAGUCCCGUCCCACUUUUUGGAAAUGGGGAUAUUCUUUCUUACGAGGAUGCAAUGCAAGCCAGAGAGACGGGGGUAUCUGGAAUCAUGUUAGCAAGAGGUGCUCUGAUAAAGCCGUGGAUUUUCACUGAGAUUAAAGAAAACAGGCACUGGGACAUUUCCUCUGGUGAACGCCUGGACGUCCUCAAAGAUUUCACACACUUCGGCUUGGAACACUGGGGGUCCGAUACCCAGGGCAUAGAGAAGAUCAGAGUGUUCCUGCUGGAAUGGUUGUCCUUCAUGUGCAGGUAUGUCCCCGUUGGACUGCUGGAGCGUGUUCCGCAGAAGAUUAACGAGCGCCCCCCUUAUUACAUGGGGAGGGACUACCUGGAGUCUCUGAUGGCGAGCCAGCAUGUGGGCGACUGGAUCAGAAUUAGUGAAAUGCUGCUUGGACCGGUUCCUCAAAAUUUUAGUUUUCUGCCAAAACACAAAGCUAAUGCCUACAAAUGAAUAGUUACGUAUGCCAAGGAAAAGCAAUGCUGCUGAAGUGUAUUUACUUCAAAUUCCUUAUUGUAUUUUUGGGUUAAUUUUCAUUGAAAUUUCUGGAAAAUAAAGUAUUUUGAAGUACUUGUGGAACUAGCCAAACCGGUUAAUUGUUACUCAAAAUGAUUUUAAUGAUUGAUGAUUAAAAUGAUUUGAAGUGUUUCACAAUUAUUAAAUUAAGUGAGUUUACAAAAGCUGCUGUUUGUUUAAUUAUAGAUUUGCUGCAAUUAAGUCACAAACAUUUUUUUGUCUUUUCCUUUGUAGUGAUUAUGUAAUUAUACAGCAGAUUACCUAAUCCAUAUUUAGAUGGGCCACCUAAAUAAAAAAAACACUCAAACUUUGA